AUGCAACCAGAGUGACAAAAUGUUGCAUAAAAUUAUUAAUUUAACAGUGAGGGAUGUUAGAUUUCCAACAUCUCUGGAGCAGCAUGGCUCAGACGCGAUGCACACAGAUCCGGAUUAUUCAGCCGCCUAUGUGCUCCUCCACACGGACUGUGGACUGACAGGUUUCGGCCUUACUUUCACUUUGGGGAAAGGCACAGAGAUAGUGGUUUGUGCUGUGGAGGCUCUGGCACCGCUCGUCAUCGGGAAAACUUUGGAGGAGAUCGUGAGCGACUUCCGUGGAUUUUAUCGCCUCCUGACCAGCGACGGCCAGAUGAGAUGGCUCGGCCCGGAGAAAGGAGUGAUCCAGUUGGCUACGGCUGCGGUGCUGAACGCUGUGUGGGACCUGUGGGCGAGAGCGGAGGGCAAGCCGCUGUGGAAGCUGCUGGCUGACAUGGAUCCGAAGCAGAUUGUUUCAUGCAUUGACUUCAGAUACAUCACUGAUGUUCUAACAGAGGACGAAGCUUUAGACCUGCUGCUGAAAGCUCAGGAGGGGAAGCAGCAGAGAGAGGAUCAGAUGCUGAGGGAAGGUUAUCCUGCUUACACCACUUCCUGCGCUUGGCUCGGAUACCCGGACCAGCAGCUCAAACAGCUCUGCACAGAUGCUCUUAAGACUGGUUGGAGCAGGUUUAAGGUGAAGGUUGGCGCCGAUCUAGAGGACGAUAUCCGCAGGUGUCGUCUCAUAAGAGAAAUGAUCGGACCCAAUAACACUCUGAUGAUCGAUGCCAACCAGAGAUGGGACGUAGCCGACGCUAUCAGCUGGGUGAGAAGUCUGGCUGAGUUCAAACCUCUUUGGAUCGAGGAGCCGACGUCUCCAGAUGACAUCCUGGGUCACGCUGCUAUAUCUAUGGCUUUGGCUCCACUCGGGAUCGGCGUGGCAACGGGAGAGCAGUGUCACAACCGGGUGAUGUUUAAGCAGUUCCUCCAGGCCUCGGCCCUGCAGUUCGUCCAGAUAGACAGCUGCCGGCUGGGCAGCGUCAACGAGAACCUGGCCGUGCUGCUGAUGGCUCACAAGUUCAAAGUGCCGGUUUGUCCUCACGCUGGAGGAGUCGGCCUCUGUGAGCUCGUCCAGCAUCUGAUUCUGUUCGACUACAUCUGUGUGUCAGCGGACCUCAGUAACCGAAUGUGUGAAUACGUCGACCAUCUGCACGAACACUUCACUUGUCCCGUGGUGAUUCGUGACGCUCACUACAUUCCCCCGAAGGCUGCAGGAUAUUCUUGUGAGAUGCUCGAAGCGUCAGUGCAGAGACAUCGGUACCCUGACGGAGACGUAUGGAAAUCUCUGCACAUGAAGAAAUGAGCACUCUGAUUUUUAAUAAUUAACCUGAAGAUAUUUUGAAUGUUGGAAUAAAUUAAGUUAAACUAAGUGAAAACCCAACAUCGCA